AUGAAAAGAAAAAGAGAUGAAGAAGAGCAAGUGAUGCCUAAUACAAGAACAAAAUUUGAAAAGAGCAAUCUUGUUGAAGGUUAUUCAUCUAGCGAGGAGGAGAGCAAGACCGAGAGCGAGAUCGAGAUCAAGAGCGAUAGUGAAAAUGAAGACGAUGUUUUAAAAGAACUUUUAGAAGAUAUCGAUGCCAGUGAAGACGAGAUAGGCAAUAAAGAAACACAAUUUUUCGAACUACUUGAUCGUUCGAAUAUAGAUUGUUAUUCGUGUUGGCGGCUAGAGGCCAAAAAGAUUAGCGAUGACCCGAUAUUUUACAAUAUCCCUACGGAUGUGGAACGUGAAAAAUUGUUUGAACAAUGGUGUUAUGGGAAGCUACACAGCCGUGAAGAGGAAACAACACAACCACAAUUGGCCUUGGCGUUACCGUAUCAUGACUUGGCCGAGAUGAUUUGUUGUUUUGAUAUACAGAGUAAUACGAUCUAUAAAGAUAUCCGGAAGGCGAAUAAAAAAAUGGUUCGCCAGAUUGAUGAGAAGAUUAGUAAGAAUGAACAAGAAAAGUUUGGCACCAAAUUGCUUGGUAUAUUGAAAUAUCACGAUGAUGCGAGUUGUCAAGGAUUAUUUGAACAGGUGUUGGAGGAGAAUGGGGUGGAUCGGGUGGAUGUAAAUACAAGCUUUGAAACCCUUGCAGAUCUUGUGGAUUUGGAAAGACGGAUGGGGAUCACCACGGAGAAUUCGGUGUCACGCGAUGCACGGUACUUUUGCUUACGGAAUGCAUCAAGACGAUUUGCAGGAUUGGAGAGAUGGGUAAAGGGAGGGGAGGGGGGGCAGGUAUAA